GUUUCUAAUAUUUUGGUCCCGUUUGUGUGACCGCAGUGUCUUGGAUCGGCCCCCUGUCCCGUCAAGCUGCAGCAUCGGGGGAAACCGAACCACUGGCCUGAGCUGGGUGGAGCAGUGACCGCCUGUAGCAUGAUGUCCUACCUCAAACAGCCCCCCUACGGCGUCAACGGCCUGGGGCUGAGCGGCGCUGCCAUGGACCUGCUGCACCCGUCAGUGGGCUACCCGGCUACUCCCAGGAAGCAGCGGCGGGAGAGGACGACGUUCACCCGCUCUCAGCUCGACGUCCUGGAGGCUCUGUUCGCAAAAACCCGAUACCCGGAUAUUUUUAUGCGCGAGGAGGUGGCGCUGAAAAUCAACCUACCUGAGUCCAGAGUCCAGGUUUGGUUCAAGAACCGGAGGGCCAAGUGUCGCCAGCAGCAGCAGAGCGGCAGCAGCACAAAAGCCCGGCCGCCAAAGAAGAAGUCUUCUCCAGCCCGCGAGAGCACUGGUUCCGAGAGCAGCGGCCAGUUCACACCUCCUGCUGUCUCCAGCACGGGCUCAUCUUCCUCCUCAUCCUCCUCCACCAACCACACAGGCCCAGCAGCGCUCAGCAGCACCUCUACCUCCAUCAGCACCGUGUCCUCCAUCUGGAGCCCCGCUAUCUCCCCUGGAAAUGCUCCUGCCCCAGCCGUGGCCCCACUCCCUGAGCCCGGACCUCCUUCUAAUGCUUCCUGUAUGCAGCGUUCAAUGUCGGGCUCGGCUGCCGCAGCCACCUCCUACCCCAUGUCCUACAACCAGACGCCGGGCUACGGACAGGGCUACCCGGCCCCAUCCAGCUCGUACUUCAGCAGCGUGGACUGCGGCUCCUACCUGGCCCCAAUGCACUCCCACCAUCAUCCCCACCAGCUCAGCCCCAUGACAGCCUCCACCAUGUCAGGCCACCCACACCACCACAUCAGCCAGUCUUCAGGCCACCACCAUCAUCACCACCACCACCAGGCAUAUGGCGGCUCCGGUCUGGCCUUCAACUCGUCUGACUGCCUGGAUUACAAAGAGCAGACUGCAGCCUCCUCAUGGAAGCUCAACUUUAACGCCACAGACUGCUUGGACUACAAAGACCAGGCCUCCUGGAGGUUCCAAGUCUUGUGAUCUGGCUUUUUUUCCGUCCUUGCUUGUCCAAUCCCUUCUUUUAUUUUCCACAUCAGCUUAUUGCCUGUUUUUAAAAGACAAAGAGGUUUUGAACCAUAAGAUAACAAAGAAAGCAGCAGGAACGCUCACAGUCGGACUUUGUUUUUCCUCCCUCUGGUCCUCCACAUCUUUAAAAAAAUAUAUAAUAAAAUAAAAAGAAGAGAAACAGUCGAGUCCGUCGAAAAGAAACCAUCAGGAGCAGUUUCCUGAGGAUGAAAAGUGUUUUUUUUUUUUUUUUUUAAACAAACCUGCUUCUAGGAUGAUCUUUAAACUGUUUUUCCAAAAAAAGAAAAAAUGUCAUUUCAACCAAACUCCUUUGACCACCAGCUCUCUGGUUUUCUGGAUGGGAGGAAUACUUUCCCCUCUGCUGCACCGUCAGGAACUGCCUGCAGUGCCCCUCUUUACCUUCAACCCACCCAAUCAAACCCUGUAUAGUUUUUAUUUCUGAAAUUUGUUAUUUUAGGAUGACAGAGAUUUUUAGUCAGCUUCAUCAAGCAGCUGAAUUAUGUAAAUAUGUAUUUGGGUCAGUUACAGUGACCAUGUUUAGUUGGUGUUUUUUUUCUGAAUUUGAAAUUGUUUAUAACCACUUUGGGAGAAAAAAAAAGAAAAAACCCUGUAUGUAAAUCUACCAAAAAUUCCAAAGAGAUCAAAUUGGCCAUAAAGUUCAGCUUUUAUAUACAUUGUUUGACUCAGAAAUUUGGAAUGUCAUGGAAAAACCUAAAAGUAUAGCUGCAGAAGAAGUGCUCUUGGCGAUUGUUUUCCAGAUAUUAUUAUUCUAGCCUCUUCAUUUUCAAAGCAGGCCUCCUCUCUUGGGCAUUGUCGUGAUUUAAUGGACAUGUUUAAACGCAGCACUUGGCUUGAUAUUGGAGUCAGAGCAUCUUUGAAUAUUUGGAGUGGAUAUGUGGUUUUAUAACUCCAACAAUGACAGUGAGAUGUUGAAUGUAUCUUAAAGGCGAGCACCCUUGCAUACAUGUUCAUCCAAUAAAGAUCCGUUAAGUCAUA